CCCCUCCUCGGGACACCUCCCCCAGCGUUCCCCUUCCCGGGUCCCUGUGCAGGACGCCCCCCCCCCGCCGGGCCGAAAGUUUGGCUCCGGGGGAGGAGGCGCGGGGCAGCGAGUCGCUGGGGGUCCUGAUCCUUGACCCGGACUCCCAGGGAAGCCAGGUGCAGGGGGAGAGUGGAAGUGGGGAGAUUACUGCGCUGUUUCCCCUCACCAGCGGGGAAUCAGGGAGAGUCUAAUGAACUGUCUGUCCCCUCCUUCCCUCUCAGGUCCCCCUGCUGCUACCCCCAGGGCCUGGACCCCAGACCCUCCGGCUCCGGCCGCCCCUUCCUUCUUUCUCCAGCCUCCCUCUGCCCGGAAUUCCUCCCGUCUUGAAGGUGGGCUGGAGGCUCCGAGAGUGGGCCGAUUUGCCUACAAAUCUUUCAGAAGUGUUCCCGGGGCUCUCCUGGGGUCUUUGUCUCCCAGCGCCCCUGCUCCGCCCCCCACGCUGCCUCAGUCUCUCCGGGGCUCCUCUGGCUGGGGAGGGGCCUCGGCUCUGGGCUCUCACAGUUCUCGCUGUUCCUGAAACUCUGAUUCCCCCUCCCUCCGCCUUGCCUGCGAGGUGUUAGUACCGCAGUACUUGGAGAGACUGUAUAAAGCCCGCUCUGUUAGAGCUUUUGGGGGGGGAGGGUGUCCCAGGGGAUCCCCUGGUUUGAGGUUGGGGCUUGAGGCCUUGGAAGCGUGUUUGGAAAGAGGCAGAAAACAGACGUCCGGAUCCAGCCCAGUCGACUCUGGUACGGUUCAAGUUGAAGUCUUGGGCGGUGGGGAGGAAGGGGCACGCGGCUGCCCCGGCCUCCCAGAGAGAUCUUGGUUGAUGCAGCCGUUGUCAUGGGAACGGAGAGACCUGAACAGGAAGAGGUUGCAUCUUUGUGCUGGUCAGCUCGGCCCAGAGGGGGUGGCAGCUGAGCUGCCUUUGUUGCCGGAAGACGAAGGUUCUAAUUUACCCUGGGAGGACCCGGGACACAAAAGGAUGGACGACACUCCCAGCCCCCCACCCCACCCCAGCAUCAUGCAUCGGACUACACGGAUCAAAAUCACAGAGCUGAACCCUCACCUCAUGUGCGCCCUCUGCGGGGGCUACUUCAUUGAUGCCACCACCAUCGUGGAGUGCCUGCACUCCUUCUGCAAAACCUGCAUCGUGCGCUACCUGGAGACGAACAAGUACUGCCCGAUGUGCGACGUGCAGGUCCAUAAGACCCGGCCGCUGCUGAGUAUCAGGUCUGACAAAACCCUCCAAGACAUCGUCUACAAAUUGGUGCCCGGGCUUUUCAAAGAUGAGAUGAAGCGGCGGCGCGACUUCUACGCAGCGUACCCGCUGACCGAGGUCCCCAACGGCUCCAACGAGGACCGAGGCGAGGUCCUGGAGCAGGACAAAGGGGCCCUGAGCGACGACGAAAUCGUCAGCCUCUCCAUCGAGUUCUACGAGGGCGCCAGGGACCAGGAGGAGAAGAAGGGGCCCCUGGAGAACGGGGAUGGGGACAAGGACAAGCAGACCGGGGUGCGCUUCCUGCGAUGCCCAGCUGCCAUGACCGUCAUGCACCUCGCCAAGUUCCUCCGAAACAAGAUGGAUGUGCCCAGCAAGUACAAGGUGGAGGUGCUGUACGACGACGAGCCGCUGAAAGAGUACUACACGCUCAUGGACAUCGCCUACAUCUACCCCUGGCGGCGGAACGGCCCCCUCCCCCUCAAGUACCGGGUCCAGCCGGCCUGCAAGCGGCUCACGCUGCCCACGGUGCCCACCCCCUCCGAGGGCACCAAUACCAGCGGGGCCUCCGAGUGUGAGUCUGUCAGCGACAAGGCUCCCAGUCCUGCCACCCUGCCGGCCACCUCUUCCUCCCUGCCCAGCCCUGCCACCCCCUCCCACGGCUCUCCCAGCUCCCACGGGCCCCCGGCCACCCACCCUACCUCCCCCACACCCCCUGCGGCUGCCAGUGGGGCCACCACCAGUGCCAACGGGGGCACCUCGAACUGCCUGCAGAGCGCGUCCUCCACCAGCAGGGGGCGCAAGAGUCUCGCUAUGUAGCCCAGGCUGGUUUUGAACUCGUGGCAAUCCUGCCUCAGGCUCCCAGGUGCUGGGAUUACAGGCAUGCACCCCCCCCCACUUUCCUCUAUCCUUUUUGGAGGUGCCUGGAGGUGGACAUGAGGGAGCUCUGGGGGCUCCACAAAGCCCUAGCCCAGUUCCUGCUUCCCAGGGCAGAUGGUGUGUCUGGGGCCCCCACCAUCUCCCAGAGCUGUAGACCGAGCUUUCGGGGUGCUGCCCUGCCCUGCCCUGCCCCACAUUGUUGAAUGUGCAGAGAAUCUCAAAGACAGUGCCUUUCCCAAGUGCAGUUUGUGCCCCCGUCCCAAGGAGCAGGCGGGCAGAGGACAAAGAGCCUCCCGCACCUCCUUACCCGCUGUUGACUGAGCAGAUAGCUCUGCCCUUCCCGCUGCCCAGUGUGUGGCCUGUGCCUUGGUAAUCUUGUGGAAGUGAAGGUCGAGGCCAAGCAGAGGCCCCAGCCCUGGGGCACCCGUGUGGCUUUAGCAUUGUGGACCCCUUCACCCCCUGCGCCCUAGCCUGGCCAGGAACCUCCCUAGCAAGGUGGCGACAGCUCUUGGGGUGGAAGAGUGAGGAGCACAGGCCGAAGGCUUUGCCAAAGGCAGAUGGCCUCCACUCCACUCCUCUCCCAACCCCAGGUCUGGACAGUGACAGCCAACUGGAAGCACAAAGCCAGAACCCACCCUGAGUGGUGCCCCACCCACCUGACUUUCCCAGGUGUGGAGGGGACGCCAGAGGUCACAACCCGUGGGCUUGUCUGUGUUUGCUGCACCUUGUCUGUCUGAGGACCUGUGACUGUACCCUCCCCCGUGGACGGACGUUUGUACCCGUGGCUUUGUAAUAAAUGCUG